AUGCCGGCAAAGUCAAGGUUUACAAGGCUCGACGCCUUCACGAAGACGGUCGAUGAGGCGCGCAUUCGCACAACUUCCGGUGGAAUUGUCACCAUCGUGUCGUUGAUCGUUGUAUUCUGGCUGGCCUGGGGAGAAUGGGCUGACUACAGGAGGAUAGAGAUCCACUCUGAGUUGAUUGUGGACAAGGGAAGAGGCGAACGUAUGGAGAUCCACCUCAACAUGACCUUCCCCAAGAUGCCUUGCGAGCUCCUCACCCUGGACGUCAUGGACGUCUCCGGCGAGCAGCAGCACGGUGUCAUGCACGGCGUCAACAAGGUUCGCCUUCGCCCCCGGAAGGAGGGAGGCGGCGUUAUCGACAUCAAGGCCCUGGAUCUUCACUCCCGCGACGACUCUGCUGAGCACCUGGACCCCAACUACUGCGGACCCUGCUACGGCGCCCAGGCCCCCCCGAACGCGCAGAAGCCUGGCUGCUGCAACACUUGCGAUGAAGUAAGAGAGGCAUACGCGCAGGCUUCGUGGGCUUUUGGCAAGGGCGAGGGCGUCGAGCAGUGUACCCGCGAACAUUACGCCGAGCGAUUGGAGGAGCAACGUCAGGAGGGAUGCCGCAUCGAGGGCAAUCUGCGUGUUAACAGGGUUGUUGGAAACUUCCACCUUGCCCCUGGCCGCAGCUUCAGCAACGGAAACAUGCACGUCCACGACCUCAAAAACUACUGGGACACCCCCGCCGACGCCCAGCAUGACUUCACUCACACUAUUCAUUCCCUGCGCUUCGGUCCCCAGCUGCCUGAUCAGGUCACCAAGAAGAUGGGCAAGCGUGCAUACGCCUGGACGAACCACCACGGCAACCCCCUCGACAACACUCACCAAGACACAAACGACCCCAACUACAACUUCAUGUACUUUGUCAAGAUCGUGCCCACCUCAUAUCUCGCCCUCAACUGGCAGAAGUCGACCGCCUACCAGGACGACGACAGUUCCAGUCUUGGUCUUCUCGGCCAGGGCAACGAUGGCAGCGUCGAGACUCAUCAGUACUCUGUGACGAGCCACAAGCGUAGCUUGGCUGGCGGUGACGACGCCGCCGAAGGACACCAGGAGCGCCUUCACUCUCGUGGCGGUAUUCCGGGAGUUUUCUUCUCCUACGAUAUCUCACCUAUGAAGGUUAUCAACCGAGAAGAGCGCGCCAAGACCUUUACUGGUUUCCUCACUGGUCUGUGCGCCAUCAUCGGCGGUACUCUUACUGUCGCCGCCGCCGUCGACCGUGGCGUCUUCGAGGGUGGCAUGCGUCUCAAGAAGAUGCGCUCGAAGGACCUCUAG